UGCAACUCCCUCCUCACUGGCCUGCCUCGCCGCUGGCUAUCCCCGCUUCAGUCCAUCCUGACUUUCCACCGCUCUGUCUCCGCCACCCCCCCUGCCAAUCCCUCCACUGGCCUCUCCGCCACCCCCCUCUGCCAAUCCCUCCACUGGCCUCCAGUGUCCUCCACCCCCCUCUGCCAAUCCCUCACCUGGCCUCCACUCAGUGUCCUCCACUGGCCUCCACUCAGUGCCAAUCCCUCCACUGGCCUCCACUCAGUGUCCUCCACCCCCCUCUGCCAAUCCCUCCACUGGCCUCCACUCAGUGUCCUCCACCCCCCUCUGCCAAUCCCUCCACUGGCCUCCACUCAGUGUCCUCCACCCCCCUCUGCCAAUCCCUCCACUGGCCUCCACUCAGUGUCCUCCACCCCCUCCACUGGCCUCCACUCAGUGUCCUCCACCCCCCUCUGCCAAUCUCUCCACUGGCCUCCACCAGUGUCCUCACCCCCCUCUGCCAAUCCCUCCACACUGACCCCCUCUGUCCUCCAAUCCCUCCACUGGCCUCCACUCAGUGUCCUCCACCCCUCUCUGCCAACUGACCUCCACUGUGUCCUCCACUCCCUCAGUGCCAAUCCUCCACCUCCACCCCCCUCUGCCAAUCUCUCCACUGGCCUCCACUCAGUGUGUCCACCCCCCUCCAAUCCCUCCACUGGCUCUCCACUCAGUGUCCUCCACCUCCCUCUGCCAAUCCCUCCACUGGCCUCCACCCCCUCUGCCAAUCCCUCCACUGGCCUCCACUCAGUGUCCUUCUCGCCAAUUGCUUCC